AGAACCCCCACAAACCCUAGCCACCGCUAGCAAGGAAUGGCCGCCCUCCUGCGGCUCACCGCAGCCCGAUCCGCCCUCCCCCAGCGCACCCUCGCCCCACACCGGAGGCUCCGCACACGCAAGUUCAUGACCAACCGUCUUCUCUCCCGCAAGCAGUUCGUGCUCGAGGUCAUCCACCCCGGCCGCCCCAACGUCUCCAAGGCGGAGCUCAAAGAGAGGCUGGCGAAGAUCUACGAGGUGAAGGACCCCGACUGCAUCUUCGUCUUCAAGUUCCGAACCAACUUCGGAGGCGACAUACUAUGCCACGGCCGGAGGAGGAACCGCUGUUGGCCUACUCCACCUCCAUGGCUCCACCUGUCUGCUCUCUGUCUGCGCAGCACGACGAUCGCAUCGCGUUCUACAUUCUCCGCCCUCCCCGCUCCCCCUACUCUGCUUGGUUUCCCAGAAGAUUUGAUUGGUUUCCCCAAAUCUGGUGACUCCAUUCCUGUUGUUCACCGGCAGGCCCCAAAUCUGGCGAAGAUUUGAUUGGUUUCCCCAAAUCGGGUCGUCCCCGACCUUCCUCCGCUUCUUCAUGAGGUACAGGCCCGCGAGCAGCUCGAGCUUCUAGCCGGACAGCUUCUUCGGCAGCCUGUCGUCGUCGUCGUCGUCGUGCAGCACCUCUACCGUCAUGUUCCACAUCUUCACGCAGUUGAGCUGGUAGUCGUCCGUGCCGGUGGACGCCGAGAAGCCGAAGUAGGCGUCCCUGGCGGCGACGACCGCGGAGAGGUCCAGCGACGCGUUGAGCGCAGCGGCGGACGGCUUGGUGCCGUUGGGCGAAAUGUACGCCUGCAGGCGCCGCGCGGCGCCGUCGUAGUCGACCCAGACGAAGUUGCUGCCGUCACUGGCGCCGGUGUCGCCCGGCGCGAGCUCGAUGCCCAGGGCCGCGAGCGGGCAGGUGGCGCUGGAGGAGCGGACGUCGUUGACGUCAAGGCCGAUGUGGUUGCCGUCGGGGUCGUAGGGCUGCUUCAUCGUGUCCAACUCCACGGCGGCGAACCCGUUGGAGAAGGACGCCACGCGGCGGCCGUCGGCGACGACGCUGGACGCGUUGGAGUUGGCGGCCGCCGCCCAGAGCACGAAGGGCGUGGAGUAGAAGACGCGGCCGGCCUGGUUGGCGAGGUACGUGCUGAAGUUGUUGCCGCUGUUCGGGGUGACCUGCAACGCCCCCUGGCUGACGGUGGAGUUUCCGGUGAACGUCAGGUUGGUGGAGAGCUGGAGCCGGUUCUGGUUGAACUUGGGGAAGGAGAAGCUGGUGGUCUCCCUGCCGGUGA